CAAUGAGGUAACAGCUUGCCCUUGCGUUUGGCUUCUCCUCCGCCCAACACGUUUCAAUGGCAAUAGUUUCUCCGCCCUUUCUCACUCCUCCAUCUUGUCUGCAACUUCACCGGCGAAUCUUUUUCACUGCUUCCAGAACGGUGACUCGUUGUUCUUCCGAAUCGAAUUCGGCGCCGAAGGUUGUGGUCACCAGAGAGCGAGGCAAGAAUGGCAAGCUCAUUAACGCUCUGGCCAGACAUGGGAUCAGUUGUUUGGAGCUUCCCCUAAUUCGGCAUGUCCAGGGGCCUGAUUUGGAUAGGCUUUCUUCCGUGUUAACUGCAGAUACUGUGUUCGACUGGAUUAUCAUAACCUCCCCUGAAGCGGGUUCUGUCUUUCUAGAAGCAUGGAGAUCUGCUGGAAAUCCAAAUGUUAGGGUAGGUGCUGUAGGAGCUGGGACGGCAAGCAUUUUUCAGGAAGUAAUGCAGUCAUCUAAGCAAUCUCUACAUGUUGCUUUUAUGCCCUCGAAAGCAACUGGGAAAGUAUUGGCUUCUGAACUUCCAAAGAACGGGAAUGGAAAAUGCACUGUCUUGUAUCCUGCGUCUAUGAGAGCUGGCAACGAGAUUGAGGAAGGCCUGUCUAAUCGUGGAUUUCAGGUUGUGAGGCUAAACACAUACACAACAGUACCCGUUCACCAUGUUGACCAAGAGGUUUUGGAGCAGGCACUCUCUGCCCCCGUUGUUGCAGUUGCUUCGCCUUCUGCAGUUCGAGCCUGGGUGAAUCUUAUCUCAGAAUCGGCAUGGAGUAAUUCAGUUGCUUGUAUCGGCGAGACAACUGCCUCCAUGGCAAGAAGGCUAGGCUUGGAAAACGUUUGCUACCCAACACAACCUGGUCUUGAAGGAUGGGUAGGCAGCAUCCUUGAAGCUUUGACUGCAGACAAUAGUCGCUAAAAAUUCACGUCAGUCUCCAGGCUUGGCAGUCCAGGAAGAGUUGUCAACAGACUUAAGGAUGGGAUAUUGACCUCUCUACCAUGGAGCUGCAAUUUUGGGGUAGACGGGUUGCCAGACCAGAAUAAAAUGCAGGAGAUAAACAGAACUGAAGAGCUUCGAAAUGUAUUUUCAUUCCAUGGGACGGAUUACAUGUUGACCAGGCUUUCCUUCAAGGUUAGUGCAGAGACUGAACAAGAAAGAUUUUCAGCCUCCAUAUGCAAUAUUUUAGUUGUAAACAUAUCAAUUCUUUAACACGAAAGUGCUAGGUAUUGACAUGAGAUUUGAUGUAAGAGAUGAUCGUUGAAUGUAUAGAUCUCUUAUUUCUAG